CCGCUUCCGCUCCUGCACGUCUUGACUCCUCUCGUGGUGUCGCUUGUUGGGGAUGGCGGCGGGAGGCGACCAUGGCGCGCCUGACAGCUACCGCUCACCGCUUGCUUCCCGCUACGCCAGCCCCGAGAUGUGCUUUGUGUUUAGCGACAGGUACAAAUUCCGGACGUGGCGGCAGCUCUGGCUGUGGCUGGCAGAGGCCGAGCAGACAUUGGGUUUGCCUAUAACAAAUGAACAAAUCCAGGAGAUGAAAUUAAACUUGGACAACAUUGACUUUAAGAUGGCAGCUGAAGAAGAGAAGCAGUUGCGACAUGAUGUUAUGGCUCAUGUACAUACAUUUGGCCACUGCUGUCCAAAAGCUGCAGGCAUUAUUCACCUGGGUGCCACCUCCUGCUAUGUUGGAGACAACACAGACUUGAUUAUUCUUAGAAAUGCUUUUGACCUGCUUUUGCCGAAGCUUGCCAGAGUGAUCUCUCGGCUUGCCGACUUUGCUAAGGAACAUGCCAAUCUGCCUACCUUAGGUUUUACACAUUUCCAGCCUGCCCAACUGACCACAGUUGGAAAACGUUGCUGUCUUUGGAUUCAAGAUCUUUGCAUGGAUCUCCAGAAUUUGAAGCGGGUCCGUGAUGACCUGCGCUUCCGUGGAGUGAAGGGCACCACUGGCACUCAGGCUAGCUUCUUGCAGCUCUUCGAGGGAGAUCACCAAAAGGUGGAGCAGCUGGACAAGAUGGUGACAGAAAAGGCAGGGUUUAAGAGGGCUUUUAUCAUCACAGGGCAGACAUACACACGAAAAGUAGACAUUGAGGUGUUGUCUGUGCUGGCUAGCUUGGGAGCAUCAGUGCACAAGAUUUGCACUGAUAUACGCCUCCUGGCAAAUCUCAAGGAGAUGGAGGAGCCGUUUGAAAAACAGCAGAUUGGCUCGAGUGCGAUGCCAUACAAGAGGAACCCCAUGCGCUCAGAACGUUGCUGCAGCCUUGCCCGUCACCUGAUGACCCUUCUCAUGGAUCCACUGCAGACAGCUUCUGUGCAGUGGUUUGAACGCACACUGGAUGAUAGUGCCAACCGACGAAUCUGUUUGGCUGAGGCAUUUCUUACGGCAGAUACUAUAUUGAACACAUUACAAAACAUUUCUGAAGGACUGGUGGUGUACCCCAAAGUCAUUGAACGGCGCAUUAGGCAGGAACUGCCUUUCAUGGCUACAGAGAACAUCAUCAUGGCCAUGGUCAAAGCUGGGGUUAGCCGCCAGGAUUGCCAUGAGAAAAUUAGAGUGCUUUCCCAGCAAGCAGCUGCUGUUGUUAAGCAGGAAGGAGAUGACAAUGACCUCAUAGAACGAAUCCAGUCUGAUGCCUACUUCAGUCCUAUUCAUUCCCAGUUGCAGCAUUUACUGGAUCCUUCUUCUUUCAUUGGUCGUGCCCCCCAGCAGGUACAGAGAUUCUUAGAAGAGGAGGUAUAUCCCCUGUUAAAACCUUAUGAAAGUGUGAUGAAGGUGAAAGCAGAAUUACGUUUGUAGAGUUGGAAGAGAAUUAAAUGAAAAAUCAUUGCUGGUUUGUUAACUUUAUUGCUGACACAUGAAAGUAAUGUUAUUGUAGUGCCUUGGUUUACAACAAGAAUUGUUACCUUAAAUUGAUAUAGUCCUUUUUUCUUUCUAAGGUUUAACACUGCAUAACAAAGUGAACUGUU